CAGGCUUGAAGCCAAAGCGCCCAGCCACUGACCCAGAGAUUACAGGGCCCAGAUGCUGCGGCUGGGAAGGAGCAAAGAUAAAUCGCCUGAGCUGGGAUGAGGGAUUGCGCUUCAGCCGGCAGAAACCCAGCAAAGAAGCCAGCUCGUCCUGCGUCCUGCGUAGCGGGGCUUCUCAGGCUCGGGGCGGAAAGCUGCGCGCCCGGAACCUUUGUACGCGGGCUUUUGGGAACCCGGAGCUCUUGGGUGUCGCGCGCGGCGGCUGGCCAUAGCUGGUUGCCAGGGCGACGCCUGCGAUGAUGGCUGCUGCGUCUUCGUCGGAUUCCGACAGCGGCAAAGCGGAGAGCAACGAUGCCAGUUCGAAAUGGCUGGAUGCGCACUACGACCCCAUGGCCAACAUCCACACCUUUUCCGCCUGCCUGGCGCUGGCAGAUUUGCAUGGGGACGGGGAGUACAAGCUGGUGGUGGGGGACCUUGGCCCAGGUGGGCAGCAGUCCCGCCUGAAGGUGUUCAAAGGACUCAGAGUACUGACUGAAAGCCCACUACCUGCACUACCAGCCGCUGCUGCCACCUUCCUCAUAGACCAGCACGAGCCCCGAACACCAGCUCUAGCAUUCGCUUCAGGCCCUUGUGUGUAUGUGUAUAAGAAUCUUAGGCCCUACUUCAAGUUCAGCCUGCCCCAGUUGCCUACAAAUACCCUGGAACAAGAUCUUUGGAACCAAGCCAAGGAGGACCAGAUUGACCCCUUGACCCUGAAGGAGAUGCUGGAGGGCAUCCGGGAGAAGGCAGACGUGCCUUUGUCUGUACAGUCACUCAGGUUUCUGCAGCUGGAGCGGAGUGAAAUGGAGGCAUUUGUGAACCAGCACAAGUCCAAGGCCAUCAGACGUCAGACAGUCAUCACCACCAUGACCACCUUAAAGAAGAACCUGGCAGACGAAGAUGCUGUGUCCUGCUUGGUGCUAGGCACUGAGAACAAGGAGCUCCUGGUGCUAGACCCAGAGGCCUUCACCAUUUUGGCCAAGAUGAGCCUCCCCAGCAUCCCCGUCUUCCUGGAGGUUUCUGGCCAGUUCGACGUCGAGUUCCGGCUUGCCGCUGCCUGCCGCAACGGGAACGUGUACAUCCUGAGAAGAGACUCCAAGUGCCCCAAGUACUGCAUCGAGCUAAGUGCCCAGCCUGUGGGGCUUGUUCGGGUAAACAAGGUCCUGGUGGUGGGCAGCACCCAAGACAGUCUGCAUGGCUUCACCUACAAGGGUAAGAAGCUGUGGACGGUGCAGAUGCCUGCAGCCAUCCUGACCAUGAACCUCCUGGAGCAGAGCUCCCGGGGCCUGCAGGCUGUCAUGGCUGGACUGGCCAAUGGAGAGGUCCGCAUUUACCGUGACAAGGCCCUGCUCGACAUCAUCCGCACCCCGGAUGCAGUGACCAGCCUUUGCUUUGGCCGCUACGGGAGGGAAGAUAACACCCUCAUCAUAACUACUCGAGGCGGUGGCCUGAUUAUCAAGAUCCUGAAGCGUACAGCAGUGUUUGUGGAGGGGGGAGGUGAGGUGGGCCCCCCACCAGCCCAGGCCACAAAACUCAGCGUGCCCCGAAAGACCCGGCUUUAUGUGGAUCAGACACUGCGAGAGCGGGAGGCUGGCACCGCCAUGCACCGGACCUUCCAGACCGACCUCUACCUGCUGCGCCUCCGGACCGCCCGCACCUACGUGCAGGCCCUUGAGUCCAGCCUGAACCCUGUGUCUGUGACAGCCCGGGAGCCACUGAAGCUGCAUGCCGUGGUUCAAGGCCUGGGCCCCACCUUUAAGCUUACACUUCACCUGCAGAAUACCUCGACAGCCCGGCCCGUCCUCGGGCUGCUGGUCUGCUUCCUGUACAACGAGGCGCUCUAUGCCCUGCCCCGGGCCUUCUUCAAGGUCCCCUUGUUGGUACCAGGGCUCAGCUACCCGCUGGAGACCUUUGUGGAGAGUCUCAGUGACAAGGGCAUCUCAGACAUUAUCAAGGUGCUGGUGCUUCGAGAAGGUCAGAGUGCACCCCUGCUGAGUGCCCACAUCAACAUGCCUGUGAGUGAGGGGCUGGCAGCUGCCUGACCCCUGGGCUGGUGUUAAAGCCCCUGUGGAAUCAGGACCAAGAAGAUCCAGCCCCUUCCACUGAGCUGGGCAGUCAGUGGCCCAGGCCUGACCCUGUGCCGCAGGGUGCUGGGUGACAGCUUCCCUCUUCUCUCCUGAGCUCCCCUUUCUCAGCACCCCGACUGGACUGCUGGGUGACCGAUAGCAGCAGGUCAGUGAGUACCCAGGAGGGUCAGCUCCUCUCUUCUCAGGAAGAUGCAGGCUCUGGCUCACUGGGCUCCUGCUGCUCCUCCGUCCUCCCUACUUUUCUCCAGAAACCACGCCCGGGUCCAGAGGAAGGGCUCUGAAGUGGUCACCGUGAGAUGAGGGACAUAGGCCAGCCUUGUGCUUUGCUGCUCCCCCUGGGCACAUCGCCCAUUGCUGCUGCCAGCCCAGGCCAGAGUUGGGAAGGGCCUGGCCUGGGACAAUCAGAGCUUUUCUGGAGUGAGACUGAGCCCCCUGCUGCUCCCUGGGGUCCCAGAGGCUUUGCUGCUGCCAGUCAGCUUGCAAGCAAAACACAUGCUCUGAUCUCCCCUCAUGAGUGACUAAGGGGCCCUUCCUUCUAUUCAGAGGGCCCAGAGAAUAGCUGCCUCCCCACAGGGGGCUGUUCUGAAAUCUUGGGCUCAGUAAAGGUCUCAGGCCUGUGAUGCUCCAUGCAGAGGGCAUAGGGCACAGGGUACCCGUGCAGGGAGCCAGUGGCCCCAGCCCCUACCAGGCUCCUGUAGACCACAGACUGCUCCUGACUGCGAUGCUUGGGUCAAGAACAAGCACCUAGAGAGAAAGGCUCAGCUAGACAUAGCAGAGAGGGUGUUGGGGGGCAUAGCAGGGGCAUUUCUGGGGCCCUGGGGAGGUGGCACAGGAGGCAGAAGCCCAGAACUGCCCAUCAAGAUGUGCUUCUACGCCCUGGAGCCCAGAGCAGUCAUGUGAGUGGAAUGUUUACCUGACAGUGGCCAUAGUGUGCAAGAAUUCUGGAAAGAUAUGGACCAGAGGCUUGAGUGAGGCAGAAGACCGAACAAAGGCACACGCUUAGCCCACAAGGACCAGAGACCCACAGUCCUGGCCCUCAGUGCCUUGGAGCCCUGGCCACUCUGCCUGGCCACCCCAUGGCACUCUGGCAGGCCACUUGUGAGCCAGGAGCCCCGCUCCCAGAGGACCUGCAUCUCACCCUCUGACCAGGAGCAGACUGGUGUGUGGCGACAGCUCAGGCUUGUGGGAAGUCACCCCAUCCCUGGGGACUUCCAUUGCCCUUGUAUGAAAUGAGGCCGUUUGACCAGAUUCAGCUUGGCAGCCCUCUAGAGCAAAUGAGGGGUCAGCUCCAGAAAAGGGGUACUUGACAGGACUAACUGAGGAGCUUUUUCCCUUGAGACCAAGGGCACUGCCAGGCAACAGUCUCUGUGCCCAACACACAGGGAGGACUGGGAUGACAGCCCACAGCCACCCCCUCACCCCUGAGGAAUGCAUUCUGGGCCAGGUGAUGAGAAGCAAGGGGUCUAGACCAAAAAAGAGCCCCUCCCGCUCCCCUCUGUACCGUCCGGCCACACAGACAGACCAACCGAGUGAGGAUGGUGAAGGGUUUCUGGGUCAACUGAGGCACAGGUGGAACAAGCAGGAGGUUUAACUUGGAAAUGGACAGACAGGUAGAAGGAGUGUCACCAUCAGCUAAAGAGACUUCAACUAAACCUGAAGAGCUUUCUGAGAGC